AUGUCUCAAACAACCGAAGACCUUCCUGUUGUUCCCUUGCUCAUCGGCGGUGUGGAAACAGCUGGUUCACCUAGCGACCGUUUCCCAGUGUAUAGUUACGCGCAACAGAAAGACGUGUAUCUUGCCGAGUCAGCCAAUGCUGAAACCGCCAAAGCGGCUGCUGAUGCUGCGGCCGUUGCGUUUAAGACUUGGAAAAAGACUCCUGCUAGAGAUCGACGAGACCUCCUGCUGAGAUAUGCCGAUUUACUUCAAAGCCAUGCAGAAGAGCUAGCCGCUGUUCAAAUGGCAGAGACGAGUGCGCCCGAGCUACUGGCGAAGAAGAAUAUACAGCUGGCUGUUGGCUUAAUUCAAGAAACUGCCGCCUGUAUUACUUCGUUGAAGGGUGAAAUACCACAGGGCGAGUCUUCCGAUGUCUUGCCACUCGUUUUCACGGUGCCAAUUGGCCCGGUCUUAGUUAUUGCGCCCUGGAACUCACCCAUUAUUCUGGGCGCGAGAAACAUUGCGACCGCUAUUGCGGCUGGAUGCUCUGUGGUGUUCAAAGCCUCGGAGAACUGUCCUAAGCUGCAUCAUAUGCUAGUCACAAUCUUUGAAGAGGCCGGUCUUCCCAAAGGCGUUGUGAACGUGAUCCAGGCGAGCAGAGAGAACGCUCCCGAGGUGACCGAGGCUGUUAUUGCGCACCCUGCUAUUCGCAAGGUCGAGUUUGUCGGAAGUGCAGCAGUCGGACGCAUUGUUGGUCAGGUCUGUGCGAAGCACCUCAAGCCGAUCUUUAUGGAGCUGGGUGGAAAGGGACCCGCUAUUGUCCUUGAUGAUGCGGAUCUACCUGCUGCUGCCAAACGUUGUAUUGCUGGAGCUUAUCUCCACCACGGACAACUUUGCUUCUCGACAGAACGAAUCAUCGUCCUUGAGAGCGUUGCCGAGGAAUUCAAAAAGCAUUUGAUCAAAGAGGCAGAGUCUUUCAGAAUCACCGACGGUGUCAGCCCCCGCAUCGUGGAAGCAUGCCAAGAAAAGCUUAUCGAUGCAAAGGAAAAGGGAGCGACAUUCCUCGUGGGCAAGCCAGAGAAGAUGGGCGUUGCGAAAUUGCAUCCGACAAUCUUGAUGGGUCUCACAAAAUCAAUGACCCUCUGGAAUGAAGAAUCAUUUGGUCCUUCUGCUGCGCUGUUCAUUGCUCGCGAUGAUGAGCACUCAAUCGAACUGGCCAAUGAUAGCAAGUAUGGCUUAAACGCUGCUAUACAUACUAAAGACUUCAACCGAGCUUGGGUGAUGACACAGGAACUUGAAUUUGGUCAAGUUCAUACCAACAACAUGACACCACAUGAUGAGCCUACCUUCCCAAUUGGAGGUGUCAAAGGUAGUGGAUGGGGGCGCAAUAAUGCCCUUGCUGGUCUGCGAGAAUUCUCCGAGACUAGGCUGAUGACAUGGAGUCUCGAGGGCAGCAAGUUUAUUUAA